UCAGAAUUGAGACUAAGGUAUAUGGCGUUUAUGCGUGAAUAUGAAGAGCUCGGUCAUAUGUACCCGAUUCAAGAUCAGCCAGGCGAUCCGUCACAGGCCUAUUACAUUCCGCAUCAUGCCGUCUUGGCAAAAUUCCGAGUCGUUUUUAACGCUUCCGCGAAAACAUCGAAUGGUGUCUCACUAAAUGAUACGCAGAUGGCUGGCCCGCCGAUACAAGAUUUGCUGGUUAAUCUGAUCCACCGAUUUAGGCUACAGUAUAUCGCAUUGACCGCUGAUGUGGAAAAGAUGUUCCGCCAGGUGCGCAUUGACAAAAGGCAUCGGCAAUGGCAACAAAUACUUUGGCGCGAGACACCUACGGGACCUGUCCGAACCUAUCAGCUGGCGACUGUGACAUAUGGUACUAGGAGUGGCACAUACCUAUCGGUUCGCGCAAUGCAGCAAUGUGGAAGGGACAACUGCUUUAAAUUGCUGGAUUCGGAGAGAGCUGGUGCUGCUCUAGAUUGCAUUCUUCACAACUUUUACAUAGACGAUUACCUUGUGAGCGUACCCACGUUGGAGGAGGCAUUGCAAUUGGGUGCUGACGUUGCUUCGGUGUUAGAGGGAGGCCAUUUCCGUUUACGCAAAUGGAGAUUAAAUAUCAUCGAUGUUGUAAGUACCCUAAGUGGCGCAUCGGACCCAGUGCAUCUUGACUUGCAUUUGGCGGAAACAACUAUUCUUGGACUACAUUGGGACCCUUCAGCAGAUGAUCUCUUUUAUCGUGUGGGCUUAGCCGGAUCAAAAUCAAUCACCAAACGACAGGCACUAAGCGAUGCAGCAAAAUUAUACGAUCCCACAGGCAUGUUGGCCCCUGUGUUACUACCAGCGAAACUCUUCACACAAAAAUUGUGGCAAGCAAAACUAGAAUGGGACGCACUGCUGCCAUCUGAAUUACAAUACGAAUGGCUCACCUUCCGAAAUGAGUUGAAACAAUUAGAAGAGAUAAAAAUUCCACGAUGGCUUGGCAUGCGGCCGCAGGCUGAAUCACAUAUAUAUGGUUUUUGCGAUGCCAGCACUAAGGCAUAUGCUGCUGUCAUUUACUUAUGCACUAAACGCAACGAUGGGCAACCUAUUAGUCAGAUAGUUGCAUCGAAAACUGGAGUAGCGCCACUACAUAGCAUCACUAUACCUCGCUUGGAGUUGAGCGCUGCCCAUCUAUUGGCUACACUUCUGGGCGAAAUAAAAGGAGCUCUACGCUUAGAGCAGAUAUCAUACCGCACUGUAUCAGCGCUACUACAUCAUCAUUUGUGGUGGCAUGGCCCCACAUCGGAUAACUAUCCAAUCGCCAGAAUACAUACACUGGCACCAGAGGAGAUCGUGGAGAUGGAGGGGGAAUUAAAACCAGUAAAAUCCAAUGUAAUGCAGACAACCACAUUGCACACAUUGCAAACUCGGUAUUCCGAUGGCAGGCAGACCAUCAUCAUCGACUUACUAGACCGCUUCAGUAAUCUUGGCAAAUUGCUUCGUUCUACGGCAUACCUCAUGAGAUUUAAGAAAAAUCAUCGCCACUAUCGGUCUAAUUUACACGUAUCAGCAGCCGAGAUGGAUAUAGCGCUAUAUUGGCAUAUACAUGCAGAGCAAGGCAGGUUUUUCCAGCCAGAAAUCGCAUCAUUACGCAAGGCACUGACGAUUCCAUCUUCAAGCAAGCUCCUGGCAUUGGCUCCGUGUACUGAUGAUUCAACAUUCAGCAUCCUUCGAGUGGGUGGUCGACUAGACAACGCAGGCGUUGAGGACGGGAUACGUCAUCCCAUCCUACUUCCGCGAGAGAGCACCCUAACUAAGCUUAUCGUAUGGCAAAUGCAUACUGACACACUGCAUGGAGGCGUUCAGCUUAUGCUGCAUACUAUUCGCCAGAAAUAUUGGAUCCUAUACGCACUCUCUCUGGUCAAACAAUGUAUCCAUGCCUGUACUACUUGCAGGCGGCACAAGCAUAUUAUGAUGAAUCAACGUAUGGCAUCGUUACCAAAGGCACGCGUUACCCCCGCACCCCCGUUUUCAGUAUCAGGCGUCGACUAUUGUGGCCCAUUCAACAUACGCAUCGGUUCGAAGGCCAUCCGCACAGUGAAGAAAACUUAUGCAGCGAUCUUUGUGUGUAUGGCAACAAAAGCGGUACACAUAGAAUUGGCGGAAGAUCUCUCGGCAGAGGCGUUUAUCAAUAUCUACACCCGUUUCGUAAAUCGACGUGGUCUAUGUACCGACUUAUAUAGUGAUAAUGGCACAGCCUUCGUAGGCGCAAAUCGCAUGAUGGAAGAAGAUCUGCAAGCAUGGCAUGGCGAGUAUGCUCAGCAGAACCUGGCAAACAAGGGCAUACGUUGGCAUUUUAUACCGCCGGGAGCACCACAUCAUGGCGGGCUCUGGGAGGCCGCUGUGAAAUCCGCCAAAAAACACAUACUUCGAAUAGUUGGCACGCGCUCUAUCUACUACGACCAAUUGCACACACUUUUGGUGCAUGUGGAAGCUUGUCUAAAUUCCCGGCCGCUGGUUGCACUACAUGAUACCCUUGACGACAAGAUGGCAUUAUCACCGGCUGACUUCCUGAUCGGGAGAUCAAUCGUGGCAGUGGCCGAAAAAUCAACUGGCGAAGUACCUUCUAAUCGACUGUCUUAUUAUCGUCAGCUACGGCAGAUGCAGCAGCAUUUCUGGCAGCAAUGGCAUGAUGAGUAUCUCUCCACGUUACAGACCCGAUCAAAAUGGCAUAAGAACAAUGACAGUAUCCAGCUAGGCGACAUUGUAAUCAUUCGCCACGAGAACCUACCAGCUACGCACUGGCGACGUGGCAGGGUGGUACGGUUACAUCCAGGUACCGAUGGCUUGGUACGUGUGGUCACCAUCAAACAUGCAACAGGCGAGUGCAUGCGACCAAUACAGAAAAUCUGUAGGCUUUUGGAUCAUCCUGAACUUAACCGUCCAGCCGGGAAGGAUGUAUGGGAUUUGGUAACUCUGCUUAUCUAUCGACUAAUACGAUAUGCAUCAAUUUAUCGAAAUAUCUAGUUAUAAGUUUGAUCUCUAAGAAGGUUUUUAUCUUUGAUUUUUCUUUUACGUGUAACGACUGACUUUUUCAUAAAUCGCAUAAAAUACACCGCAUUGUUCAAAUAAACUAAGCAUAAAACUCAGUCUAAUAUUCUUUUCGGAUUUCCGAGUGUAUGAGAUACAGGCGAUUAGGAUUUCAUACAAAAACUAUAGGGUUGCUAGAAAAAAGGGGGAUUUUUGAAAUCAGGGGGUCCUAUUCUACUCCCCCCCACUCACCCCCACUUUUUCUAGAAUUUUCCGUCCGCAUACUAAAAUUUUCCCGAUGUUUUUUCAACAGCUUAAUAUGCAAAUGUUUAUUAGCUAAUGUGAACGACUACUAAAUGAAACUAACAUGUGGCAAGCUGUCAGAACUGCAGUCAACACCGAUCAUACUCACUCAUCCUUUACCAUCGCUAACAGAAGGAGCAGAAGGAGACACAAGUUUUAGUUUUUUAUCGUCGAUUUAGUUUUACUUAGCUUCGCUUUCAUCCUCUUUAUUUGAGUACAAUUUGCUUGGUUUUAAUUGUGCAUUCGGCAAGUAUAUUUGUAAUUUCAUUUAAACGUUUAAUAAACAGUGUCGUCAACCCGCUUGCGAAUUUAACGCAAGUAACGUUGUCAAAAAAGGCGCAUACACAAUAAUAGUCCAAUGACGAAUUACUUGGUUUAUUUCCAAGAUGCACAACAACAACUCCAAUGCUUUGCCUACAUGCAUGUACAUAUGCAUACGAACAGAAAAACAAAACGAAAAAGGCAAUACUGCAUUGACCGUACCUAUUCCGCGGACAUGUACGUAUGUACAUACGUGCAUGCAAAGAGUUAGCGGCAAAUUAAAUACAUGGGAUACAUAGGGCACUUAGUAACACAUAUGUGUACAUAUGUAUCUCUAAAUAAUGAGAGUAACAUAUGUAUGUAUGAAAGGUAUUUGAAAAUAAAUG